CGCCCGCCUUGGGCAUGCGGGGUGGGCUUCACGUCUCGGCCUCUUGGCGGCCGGGCGCGGGGGACGCGAGCUCACGCCGCGCGCCUGCCCCUCUCUCCGCAGCGCCGGCGGGCGGACGGGCCGGGAGCCGCGAGCCCAUGGAGGGUCUGGGCCGUUCGUGCCUGUGGCUGCGGCGGGAGCUGUCGCCCCCGCGGCCUCGGCUGCUGCUCCUCGACUGCAGAAGCCGCGAGCUGUACGAGUCGGCGCGCAUCGGCGGGGCGCUGAGCGUGGCCCUGCCCGCGCUGCUGCUGCGCCGCCUGCGGCGGGGGGCCCUGUCGGUUCGCGCGCUGCUGCCCGGGCCGCAGCUGCAGCCGCCCCCGCCCGCCCCGGUGCUCCUGUACGACCAGGGCGGGGGCCGGCACCGGCGCGGGGAGGCGGACGCCGACGAGUGGGAGGCCGACUCGGUGCUCGGCACCCUGCUGCAGAAGCUGCGCGAGGAAGGCUACCUGGCAUACUACCUCCAGGGUGGCUUCAGCAGAUUCCAGGCAGAGUGCCCCCACCUGUGUGAGACCAGCCUCAGCAGCCGGGGUGGCCCAAGCACAGCCCCAGUGCCCAGCCCAGUGGUGGGGCUGGGCGGCCUGUGCCUGGGCUCGGACUACUCUGAUGCGGAAUCCGAGCCUGACCGCGACUCCAUGAGCUGUGGCCUGGAUUCGGAGGGUGCCACGCCGCCCCCAGGGGGGCUGCUGCCAUCCUUCCCUGUCCAGAUCCUGCCCAACCUCUACCUGGGCAGUGCCCGGGAUUCGGCCAACGUGGAGAGCUUGGCCAAGCUGGGCAUCCGCUACAUCCUCAACGUCACCCCCAACCUGCCUAACGUCUUCGAGAAGAACGGCGAGUUUCACUACAAACAGAUCCCCAUCUCCGACCACUGGAGCCAGAACCUGUCCCAGUUCUUUCCUGAGGCCAUCGCGUUCAUUGAUGAGGCCUUGUCGCAGAACUGCGGGGUGCUCGUUCACUGCCUGGCAGGCGUCAGCCGCUCUGUCACCGUCACUGUGGCCUACCUCAUGCAGAAGCGCCACCUCUCACUCAACGAUGCCUACGACCUGGUCAAGAGGAAGAAGUCUAACAUCUCACCCAACUUCAACUUCAUGGGGCAGCUGCUAGACUUCGAGCGGAGCCUGCGGCUGGAGGAGAGGCGCGCCCGUGAGCGCAGCAGCGGGGGGCAGGAGUCGGCCACCUCCGACCCACCGUCCUUCUUCACCACCCCCACCAGCGACGGUGUCUUUGAGCUGGACCCCACAUAGGGCGCCGUUCCACCCCCCCCCCAUGGGUGCCCCUGACCACCCAUGUGCGGGGGUGGGGCGGGGGGGGAGUUGGGGGGAGGCAGAAGAGGGAGGCAGCAAGUUGGGGAGGGGGGGAGAGCAUAAUACCUCAUGGGAAGGCUGUGGGGAAGAGGCUGGAGCCAGGAGCCCCUCCAGGGUGGCCUCGGGGAGAGACCUGUCCUACCCACUUGAACCAUGCACGGGAGUCCUAUUAAAUGUGCCUAUAAGCAGGGCCCGGGGCCACCAGCCUGACCCGCGCCGCUUUCGGGGCGGAAUCACGCUCCAGAACCUGCCUCUUCUGCGACUGUUACUUUUUUC